GGAGGGCGGUGUGUCCAUGCUGCGGAGGCCUGAAGAAGCAAAGUCACCAUGAGGAGACGAGCCCAUGCAACGGUGCUGCUCUUCAACAUGAUGAUGAUGAUGAUGAUGCUGUCUGUCGCUAUGGAAAACUCUGGUUGGUCCCCGCCGGGGAAGCCGGAGCUGCUGGGCUGCAGGUCUCCUGAGAAGGAGACGUUCACCUGCUGGUGGAAACCCUACUCUGACGGAGGGCCGCAGACCGAGCACCGCCUCUACUAUGAGAGAGAAGAUUUGGAGGGAGAGCACGAGUGUCCGGACUACCGCUCCGGAGGAAGCAACUCCUGCUUCUUCAACAAGACCUACACGUCCAUCUGGGUGGACUACCACCUGACAGUGGUGGCCUCCAGCGCCCUGGGAAAUGUCUCAUCAGACCCCCUGAAGAUCGAUGUGAUGGAAAUCAUAAAGCCGGAUGCUCCUGACAACGUCACGCUGCAGGUGGAGGAGAAAAAGAACAAUCCACGCCUGCAUGUCCGAUGGCAGCCUCCUUCCAACACCGACCCCAGGUCAGGCUGGGUCACCAUUAAGUAUCAACUGAGAAUCAAGCAGGACAGCAGCCACCAGUGGAACAAUUACACACUCGGUAAGCAAACCCACUUCAGCCUGUACAGCAUCAGUCCCGGGGCAGUGUACAGGGUUCAGGUGCGCUGUGCGCUGGAUCACGGCUCCUGGAGCGACUGGAGCAACACCACCUCCAAGACAAUCCCAGACUAUCUUCAGAGGGAGAGGCCCUUCUGGUUACUGCUUUCUGCUCUCUCUGUGGUUCCACUCUUUGCUACGUUGUGUAUCGUGGUUAUCAAGGGAAAAGAUGUAAAGCAAUUCCUUCUGCCUCCUGUUCCUGGGCCAAAGAUAAGAGGAGUGGAUGUUCAGCUUCUUCAGAGUGGACAAGCUGAAGAUAUCAGUGCCUUGAUUUUCAAUGAGAAGUAUCCUCCAGUGGUGGCCUGGAAGGACCAGAUGGAAGAGUACCUCAUCGUGUGUGACAAAGACAACAUGCCUCUGCUUGACCGCUCAAAUUCACUGAAAAGAAAGGACUGUGUGUCUAUUCCUCCCAGCUACUUAGAUAUAAAAGUACAAUGCAUGGAAUCAAUCCACAGCCAAAAUGAUGUGAAAAAAGUGAAUGGAAGCACGGAUGUAAAGGAUUCCUCUGGAAAAAGCACCAAGUGCACCUCAGGGGAGGGUUUACCCAGCAAGGAGCUGCCUCAUCUGCUCACUCCACAACAACAAAGUCUAUGGAUGAACAGAAAUUCAACAGAUCGACACAAGAGCGCUACUGAAAGCAUGAUCCAACCACUGUCCACCAGUAGUGGUUAUGUGGACCUUCAGAGAUGUGAAAGCUCACAGGAAAUGGGCGUCUUGCAGAAAUACUACAGCACCAUGGAAGAGGUUAACAGUGGCAAUAUUCUCGUGCUCCAAAAAGACAAUGUCCCUCUUAGUUUAGACAGUCGGAGAUGGGAGGACAAUAUACCAGAGGACUACAGCAGGGUGAAACAGGUGAACAGUGGAAAUGUGGUUUUCCUGCAGAAACAAAAUGACUUGGCUGACUCAUCAUGUGAGGAGAUGGAUCAUUUCUACUCUGCCUAUCAGAAGGCAACAAAUCCUCAGGUGACUGGACCGAGUAAAGGCGCUCUGUGCACAGACUCAAUCUGCCAUGGAUAUGUAGAUUCUGUGCCUGUACUGCCAUUAAUAUAAAGACAUCCACUGUAAAUACCAGUACCUCAAUCAACUCUGCAUUUGAUAUUAGUAUAUACUGGGUGCAUCAGCUGUAUCGAUAACUUCCUAACAGCCAGGUGUUCAUGGACAGAAAUAAAUGAGUGAAACAUUAGGCGAAUGAAGGACAAAUCUGUGUGUGAUAUAUUUAUUGUACAUAUUAAUAACACAGUCAUAAGACGGAAGAAAAAUGUGUGAUCCAACAAAACAGAUGCAACACAUCUUGGUGGGUUUCUGUGAGUUAAUCCAAUAAACUACUAGAAUCUGUGGGUACAAGGGAAAUGGAGAUUCUGUAGGAUUGUCAGAUAUAGAAAAAAGGAUGUAAACCCACAAGCGUCAGAUUGACACUGUUUCUGUAUGGGUCCUCAUGUGGGUUGACAAACUCCCCCGAGAUUGGUAUCGUUUUCUACACAUCUCACACGGCGUUUCACCAGUAUGAAUGUUUGUGUCAUCCUUCAGAGACGACUUCUCGAAAAACCGUCGUCCAGAGAUCAUGCAAAGGAAGGGUCUCUCACCUGUGUGUGUUCUUAUAUGCCGCUUUAGCAUUGGUCUGUCUUUGAAUGAGGUCCCACAAAUGUUGCAAGAAUACAGCUUUUCACUUAUGUGAAUCCUCCAAUGGACACUUCGUCUUGAAGACCUAUUUUGCCAUAUAUGUUACAGGAGUAGGGCCUCUCCCCAGUGUCGACCCUUGAAUGAACUUCCAAUGUAGAUUUCUGGUUGGAAGUUAAACCACAUACGUGGCAGGUGUGUGGCUUCUCACCUGUGUGAAGUCUUUUAUGAAACUUCAUGGUUGAGGCCUAAUUGAAGGCUUUACCACAGAUGUUGCAGGGAAAUGGCUUCGCUCCUGUGUGGAUUCUCAGGUGUGUGAUCAGUUAAGAUAUACAGGUGAAAACUUUCUCACAAGUUUCACAUACAUAAUGUUUCACUGUGUGAGUGUUGCAGGUGAUAUCUGUCAUGAGAGUGCUAAAGGCUGACACUAAAUCUUCUCUGCUGUUCUUUCAGAUUCAUCAUGAUUCAGGUCCAGAUCUUGACCUUCACUGUAGUUAUCUUCACGACAAACGGAGGUAAUCUUUGAAACAUUGGUUACCUGCUUGGGCAAAAGCUGAUCUCCAUCCUGACUGAUGCAGAGAACUUUGUCUUCCUCUUUAAUCUGAGGGAGCUUUGGAUCCUCUUGGAUUAAUGCUUCUCUCCUGAUCACCCAGCUGGUGCUCAGUGAAAUCCUCCCCUUUCUCCUCCUUCUCUUCGUCCACUACUUUUCUAGAACCUCUGAAGAAGAUAAGGUAUAUAAAAGUGAGAAUUACUUACACUGACUGAUUGUUUUUAACUUGUGAACAUUUCACACACUGUGCAUCUUCACUUGAGGCUAACACAGGAUGUCCAGCAGUCUGCGCUGACGGACGAUUUCUUUCUCAUACUGGACCGCCGUUUUCUCAAAAACUCGGAAUAUUUCUUCAGCGGUAGCAGUCAGUCGCUCACCAAGAAACUGUCUGAAGCACUUCAGCGAAUACAUAUUUUAAAUUAUGAGUUAAUACGAGUGAACAAUCUUCUGGUCUGUUGACAUAUGUCCAGCUGUUGUUUACUUCCGGUGGUUGUAACACUGUUAACAUCCCCCCUCCCCGAGUAGAAGGCAUUUGAUUUUUUCGUUCCUCUUUAUGACGGCACGUUUUACUUAUUGUUACUCUGAAUUUUCUUUUUUGGUACAUUAUCUAUACCAUUAAUUCAUGUGUCAUGCGUAAUAAACCAUAUGUGAAAAACAGAGUUAAGUUGUUCCGUAAUUCUGAAAUGACCGACAAAUAUUUAGGACUUGUCACAGUGGGAGCACAAAA